UGUCGCAAUAUGUCGCCUAGACGUGGAGUUAGCGUGACGUCAAGCAUUGAAUCACUCGCUGAGUGCGAUAUUUCUAGACUAGCCAAACCUUCCGUUUCUGUUAUCAUCUUUAUUUUUUCAGUAAUUUAAAGUUUGACUGCCUUGUAAAUGGCAUACCAGCAACCUAUGGCUGAUCCAAAUUUUCUUGCCGGGAUAUUUCAGAGAGUGGACCGCGACAGAAGUGGACAGAUUAGCUAUAAAGAGUUGGGCGAUGCCUUGUCAAAUGGAACAUGGACACCUUUUAAUCCAGAGACAGUUCGCAUGAUGAUUGGUAUGUUUGAUAGAGACAACAGUGGCACCAUUAACUUCCAGGAAUUCCAGGCUCUUUGGAAAUAUGUCACAGACUGGCAAAACUGUUUCCGCAGCUAUGACAGGGAUGGCUCAGGAAGCAUUGACAAGAAUGAGCUUAAAAUGGCUCUAACACGUUUUGGUUAUCGGUUGUCUGACAGAUUCUAUGAAGUUCUUGUGAAAAAAUUUGACCGACAGGGAAAAGGGGUGGUGGCUUUUGAUGACUUUAUUCAGUGUUGCGUUGUGCUGCAGACACUGACAAGUGCCUUCCGUAUGCAUGAUACAGACCAGGAUGGCUGGAUUCGGAUUUCAUAUGAGCAGUUCCUCACACUUGUCUUCAGCCUCCGCAGCUAACUACUCAAUAAUUUGUGUAACUUUCACAAAUUUUUUAAACAUGCCAAACUCUUAUGGCAAGACUGGCUUUCUGAAUUAUGCUUAUUUGCUGCUUUUGCUCAGUUGCUGGAAAUACAGGAUCUGUAUAUCAGACCAAGGCCUAGUGUCAUUUCCUACGUCAUUCAACAUUAACAUCUAUUUAUGCCUUGCAUCUGAGUGUUUUUUUAUGGUGUUCUGUUUUACUAAAGAAGACUGGUUGUAAUCAAAUUUUGUUUUAAGCAACGAGGUUUUAAAAAUAAAAAUGACAAUAUAAAGAACUAAUCUUGUUUGUUUUCUAUUGACUUUUUUUUCUAAAAAUGGGAUCAGUCACUCAUUGUACUGGAGCAGGACUAAAAUACAGUCGUAAAGAACUUCACCAGUGAAGAAUGUUAAGUCCAAGGUUGAAAUUUUUGUCUUGAGGAACAUCUAUUUCUCAUUGUGACACUUGUUUGCAUUGAUGACUGAGACAUGUUCAGCUUUGUAGACCUCAUCACCCACAUGGUGCAUAAUCCAAAAAGUAGAUAAAUGGGCAUUCAGCUGAACAACUAAAUUUUGGUCUGUGAUCACUUUAAUCAUCUUAGUCACAUUUGUAGUUGCUCCACACAUUUAACAUUUAUGUUCUAAUGGCUUUUAUGUGGAAUCUGUGAUGGACCUUCAAGCUGCUGGAAGCAUUGCAGUUCCUCUCACAGCUGCAUAUAGGAAAGUUGGGAAACACCCAGGCAUAAGCUGAAUAUGUGAAAAGUGUUAAGGCAUCAUUCUUAUCAGUUUUGUCUGAACUUUACCAUGCUUGUUAUAACAUUCUGCUUAACCAUCUUGAAAAUGAAGAAUUAAAUCAACUUGAACAGAGUGCCAUUUAUAUUUAUGGUGCCCCAAGUAGGAUCAUUUCAUGAAGCCUGUUGUCAAAGGGAUGCAGCUGCAGUCAACCUAGUUUUGCAAUCUGUGACCAAUGCCUUGUUUUAAAAACUUGAGUAGAAAUUCUGUUUCAAACCUUUGUUGUGCUGUUUAACAUUCAAAUUUUCAUCAUGUUGCAGUGUCACCUUAAUUCUAGCCAGCAUUUUUGUUGAGUGAUUUUUUUUAUUACAUAUAUUUUUAAGCUGUUUUACAGCUCCUGAUAAAUGGAAACUUGAGAAGCCAGUCUCUCAUAAUAUUGUUAUAUAAUCCAAUGAAUAAAACAGAAAAGAUAGAUAUUAACAAUUCUGUCGGGAACUAUCAAGUCCUGCAUAAUACUAAACUUUGUGCUCAAUACUUAUAUACGUUAUAAGUGCACAUUUUUGACUGAAAUAUUUUGGCUGCAUUUCAUGCAGUGAUGCUAACCUAUAUUUUGCAGUGAGAUGCUACCAUAGCACUAGAAAAUUAUAAAUUGAAGCAGUUAAGAAUUACUUUUUAUUUUGUCUAAAUAAUGUAAUGAUUUUACAGAUAAUGAAGCUGCAAAAAACUAGGAUGACAUCUUAGAUUGCCAAGUACAUCACCCCAAAUUUGCUGCUGUAGUUGUAGAUUAUCUGUAAGCCAAAUGCACUGCUUUUAGUUGACCAACAAGCUGUUAACAUUUGUGUUCUGAAAUCUAUAAGGGACCAAAACAGCUUGUACCAAAUAUUUGAAGGCAAUUUUAUUGUAAAGUAUAGAAAGUGUCAGUGCCAAAUGCUCUUUUUUUUUUAUACCUUUCUUUCAUGAUUUUAAUGUUAACUUUGUUUUUAUAUUUCGCCCACUGGAUUAUUAACAAUUUGUACUUUUGGAUAUUGAAAAAUAAAUAAGAGAAAACCAA